GUCGCAUACUCGCAUAGUAUCCGUGACGUCGUGUCUUUCCGUCCCGUUUGUCUGUCAUUCUUUCUCGCCGCCGCUUGUCUCGCAUCAUCCAUCCUGGUCUGUACGGCUCCGCGAUCGUUCUAACACUCCAUUAGCCCGCAACAAAUCUACAAACAUACAAACAUGUAUUCCUUUGCCAAAGCCGUCGCACCCGCUGUCCGCUCCGCCAUCCUCUCCAACUCCAGGGCAUCCAUUGUCAGGCCAAUUAGCAGCAUUGUUUCAAAUGGACCCAGCACACAAAACCAACAAACUCCCAGUGCCAUCAUUUCCAACGGAAGCUUGGUAAAUGCUGUCAGAGGAUUCCAAACAUCAGCUGUGUCAAGAGAUAUUGACUCUGCUGCGAAGUUCAUUGGUGCUGGUGCAGCCACAGUAGGAAUUGCUGGAUCAGGAGCUGGAAUUGGAACAGUAUUUGGUUCCCUAAUCAUUGGUUACGCACGUAACCCAUCACUCAAACAACAACUUUUCUCUUAUGCCAUUUUGGGAUUUGCUCUGUCUGAAGCCAUGGGUCUCUUCUGUCUCAUGAUGGCUUUCUUAUUGUUGUUCGCUUUCUAAGUCGUCUCACGAUGUCUUUCGUCAUUCAUUAAGCAAAAAAUAAAAAACAUCCCAUAACAUUAAACCAACAAAGAAUUUUUUUAAUUCUGUUCAAAAUUGGCACGACCGAAAGAAUUGCGAAAGACUGUUGUCUGUGAAAUACACUUUGAUAGGGAAUUUACCUGUAAUGAAAUAGAUAAUAACUUUAAGACAGCACUUAGGUGUUUAUGAAACUGCCUCAUAUUGUAGACGUAUUAAAUGCCUAGGUUGGAAUCUGUUGUUUUUUUUUUUGGUUUUUCCUAUUUUGUAUAUUUCACAGAUAUAUAAAUAGAAUAAAUACUUAUUGUAGAAUCCAUUAUUUAUUCCUUUUUUUUUACUGACAUUUUUUAUUAGAAUCUGUUGGUGAUUUUAUCUCAAUUUAAAAAUAAAAAUUUUUUGCUGUUAUCAGUUUUGGCUUUAGGUACCAAUGUUACAUGUUUUAUAUAAAACGUAAUAUACAAAGAUUUAAAAAAAAUAUACAUGUUUCUUUAAUUAAGUUAAUAAUUCUAUUUUUAAAGUUUCAAUCUUAGGGAUACGAAUACCGACCAUUUCUAAUGAUUUCAAUAUAGGCAAUUUUCUAUUUUCUUGUGUGCGGAUCUCGUAAAUGUGUGUGAAGUAAGUGAUCAUUAGUGGGAGUGACUGUAAAAUCAAUAACAAAGCACAUGUGCACACACAUUUCAGUAACCGCAGCACUUAACACACUAAUUACAAAUGUGUAUUUAAGUGAAAUACUGGAACUUAGUUUCGUAUUUCCAUUAAUAUGGCUUACUGAGUGACAUAACAGUAUGAACACCUAUUAUACAAAUUAAGGAGAAGUUUAUCUAGGCUUGUAUAGGAUUUUUAUUUUGUGUAGUCCAUUUUUGAUAUUUUAUUAUCAAUAUCUAAUAUUUACCUCUAAAACUUGUGAUAUUUUACUUUUUGAAUUUAAAUUAUUGAUUAGUAUUUAAAAUAGCAAAAAUUUACUUUUAUACAGGGGUAGAUUAACUUCUCUUCUACAAUGAAUACUAUUCAUACUAUAGUAUUUCAAUUUUUAAAUGAAAUAAAUAAUAAUAAAUAAAUUUGUUUUAGUUGUUGGGUAUUGUCAAUAAUGAUUAUUUUUGUUAGCAUCCAUUUCUUUUUUUAUGUUUUUGGCUGAAAUUAAUUCAUACUUUUUGUCAAUAUCAUUUUUGUUGUUACGGCUGCUUGGGUGUAACAAAAAUGUAAAUAUCUUAAAUGAAACGGCAAAUCGCAAAAAAUAAAUACAAUUAUAGAAAGC